UUGGGCCAAUUUUAGUGUCGACUCAAGUAUGAUUUUCCGUCUCCAUCGGAAGCGUGAAAGCACAACCGAAAAUGGAGGCAACUGACAACACUCUUCCCCAAGAAGAACCCUCUGAUAGUAACCCUAACGACAUCGUCUCCGAUUACUCCUUGCCGGAGAGUGAUGCCACUCUCUCUCCAACCCCUCCUGACGAGAGCCAAUCCACGGAAAACCCCUCCUCUGCUCCCCAAGUCAUUAUUGACACCCCCGUUUCGGACUCUCUCGAAGAUUCCUCCGAACCAGUUCCUGAAGACACCAUUGAUGAACAGCCGCAAAAUCUUGUCGACCCACCUGAUGAACCUGGUCCGGCAGGGCCAAGUCUUCCGACCAGGAAACGACGCCGUAGAAAGAAGUUCUUUACUGAAAUCAAUGGUACUCCAUCGGUGGCCAAGAAUCGUCGGGCUGGACUCGCCAAGGAGGUCGAUAUAGAAUCAAGAAUUGCAGUUUCUGUUGGGUUUCCGAUUGAUUCGCUUACUGAGGAGGAGAUCGAGGCUAACGUGGUUCCCACCGUCGGCGGAGCCGAGCAAGCUAACUAUAUCGUCGUGCGAAACCACAUUCUUGCGCGGUGGAGGUCAAAUGUGUCUGUCUGGUUGACGCGGGAGCACGCACUGGAGUCCAUUCGAUCAGAGCACAAGGGUUUGGUGGACUCGGCUUACAACUUUCUUGUGGAGCAUGGCUACAUCAACUUUGGGGUUGGACCGGCGAUUAAAGAACCGAAACUGAGGUCCUUUGAUGGGGUUGAGAGGGGUAAUGUCGUCAUUGUUGGGGCGGGAUUGGCGGGUUUGAUAGCUGCGAGGCAAUUGGUGUUCUUGGGGUUCAAAGUCGUGGUCUUGGAAGGUAGGGCAAGGCCUGGAGGUCGUGUGAAGACGAAGAAGAUGAAGGGUGAUGGAGCUGUGGCAGCUGCUGAUCUUGGUGGAAGUGUCCUCACCGGAAUAAAUGGUAACCCACUUGGGGUUCUGGCUAGGCAACUGGGGUUGCCCCUUCACAAGGUAAGAGAUAUAUGCCCACUUUAUUUACCAGACGGGGAAGCAGUAGACUCUGAGAUUGAUUCCAAAGUAGAGGCGUCAUUUAACAAGUUGUUAGAUAGAGUCUGUAAGCUUAGGCAGGCUGUGAUAGAGGAAGUUAAAUCUGUAGAUGUUGCAUUAGGGACAGUAUUGGAAGCUUUCCGCCAAGUUUAUGGUGUUGCCGAAGACCCAGAAGAAAGAAUGCUUUUAGAUUGGCACCUUGCUAACUUGGAGUAUGCAAAUGCUUCUUUGAUGUCGAAUUUGUCAAUGGCCUAUUGGGAUCAAGAUGAUCCGUACGAGAUGGGGGGAGAUCAUUGUUUCAUUCCCGGAGGGAAUGAAACCUUUAUAAGGGCAUUGGCGGAGGACCUCCCUAUUUUCUACAAUAGGACUGUCGAGAGUAUUAUAUACGGAAUAGAUGGGGUGUUGGUUUAUGCUGGUGGGCAGGAGUUUUGCGCUGACAUGGUUCUCUGCACAGUGCCUUUAGGUGUUUUAAAGAAGGGUUCAAUUGAAUUUUUCCCUGAACUUCCACAACGAAAGAGAGAUGCCAUUCAGAGAUUAGGAUUUGGUUUACUCAAUAAGGUUGCAAUAUUGUUUCCUUACAACUUUUGGGGUGGCGAUAUUGAUACUUUUGGACACUUGUCUGAAGAUCCAAGCAUGAGAGGUGAAUUUUUUCUGUUCUAUAGCUAUUCUUCAGUGUCCGGAGGUGCGCUUUUGGUUGCUCUUGUGGCGGGAGAUGCAGCUGUUAAGUUCGAGUUGAUGUCCCCUGUGGAGUCUGUGCGAAGGGUGUUAAAUACAUUAAGGGGCAUUUUUAAUCCGAAAGGUAUAGCUGUUCCUGACCCUAUUCAGGCAGUCUGCACUCGCUGGGGCAAAGAUAAUUUCACCUAUGGUUCAUACUCCUAUGUUGCUGUGGGUUCUUCUGGGGAUGAUUAUGAUAUACUUGCAGAGAGUGUUGGUGAUGGGAGAGUAUUCUUUGCGGGAGAGGCAACUAACAAGCAAUAUCCUGCAACAAUGCACGGAGCUUUUCUAAGCGGGAUGAGAGAGGCUGCAAAUAUUUUCAGAGUAGCCAAAAGGAGGUCAUUAAGUUCACCUGACAAGUUAAAUAGUGUUACCGAAGAAGAGGAUGAGUUGAACAAAUUGUUUGACGCCCCUGAUUUGAGUUUUGACAGCUUCUCUGUAUUAUUUGAUCCUGGUUCAGAUGAUGUUGAUUCUAAUUCCUUGCUCAGGGUGAAAAUUGGAAUAGAAAAGUUUGAAAUUGUUUGCUUCUAUCUCUAUGCUUUAAUAUCGAAAAGGCAUGCCAUGGAACUUGGUGGAGUUGAUGGGGAUGUGAACAGGAUGAGAAUGUUGAGUGAACAAUUUGGAGUGAGUUGGGUUGGAAGAAAAGGCUUAUCUGAUGCUGCUAGAUCUCUUAUAACCUGCAUAAAAUUAGCUAGAUCGAACAAUAAUGGAGGAAAUCAAGUCCAAUCCAACGUUACGGCUAGUUAAAGCGUCACUAUGCAGCAUCUCCAUUAGUAUGCUGCUAACUUUGUCUGGCUGGAAAGAUCGGACAAGUACCUAAAACAUGUGCAUAUGGAGGAUUUUAGGGUGGCUAUUCGAUGAGGGCAUGAUCCUAUUCUCAGAGCUGCAUUUAGUGCACUCUCUAUUGUGAAUUCAUUAAGAAUUUUUUGUACAUUCAUCAUUUCAAUUGCCUUCAGAAUUUGUUAGUCAUUCCAUUCCAAUUAGUUUUGGUGCUCUGGUCACAAUUCAGGAUGUUCCCUCUAAUUUGACUUCAUAAUUGUUUUUUCUUCUCUUUUUGACAUGGGACUUUAUAAUUGUUUGGAAUUCAGAUCUUAUAUAAGAGAAAAAAUGGGGGAAAAUGUUUUUGAAUA